AUGGAAGAUUCUCAUGCGCAUAUAAUAAAGCAUUUGAUAAUAUCUCAGCUUUUAUAUACAAAGUUUAUAUCCAGAUUUUGGGAUAUACCAUCGCCUUGGUGGCAAGCGAGCACAGUACUCGUUGGUACCGGGAGUGCUCUUAGCCUUCUCGUGGCUGUAACAGCCACGGCUGCCUGCUGUAUCACAUACGUCGUUCAUUCGGGAUCUGCUCGAGUGGCAGGAUCUUUGCAGCUAAUAUCAGGAUUACUAAUUAAAAUGGGCAAAAAAGAUGCAGCGUUUGAUACGGUUCUGGAGUCGGUAGGAAAUGAUGGUCCAUUUCAAAGACGCUUCAAUUACAUGUACAAUGUCGCAUUUGCUUUAUUGGCAGUUAUGCCCUGCAUGAACAUGAUUUUGGCCAUGACCAUACCCGAACAUUGGUGUCACGUACCAGGAAGAACGAAUUACAACUACACAGAAGAAGAAUGGAAAGAAAUAACACUUCCAAAGAAUAUUAAUAACAAAGGUCAAGCUUCCUACAGUUCUUGUGAAAUGUACAAUAUUACAGACUGGACAAACGUUCAUCCAAACCAGAACUACUCGACUAUAAAAUGCCAGCAUGGAUAUGAGUUUGACAGAACCUGGUUUGAAUUGACAAUACCGAUGCAAGAAAAUUGGGUAUGCGAUAAGGAAAUGAGAGUAACAAACUCUUUAAUAAUCGGCCGAAUAGGUGAAAUGUUUGGAGCUCUAGUGUUUGGACAAUUAGGAGAUGUAAUAGGAAGGAAACCAGUAUUUUUUCUCAGCAUGGUGUUGAUUAUCGUAGGAAAAAUAUUCAACUUAUUUCUUACUAGUUCAUAUUAUUGGUAUGUAUUUGGAUAUGUGGUGACUGCACUGCCGCAGAUGUCUUUAUACCAGACUGUUCUUGUCAUAGGAAUGGAAAUAUCCACAAGAUAUAUGAUUGAAUCACCAAGAUGGCUAGCAAGCAGGGGGAAAAUGAAAAAAUGCGAAAAAACUUUACGCACAAUUGCCAAAGUUAAUGGUGCAACAUUAAAUGAUGAUGCAUUAGAAAUGCUAAAAGAUUAUUCGUCUGAACCUGAACAUGUUUUUGGAAUGAUGAGUUUAUUCACAAGCUGGUCGCUCGCCAAGAACACGAUAAUGUUAUUGAUAUGCUGGAUCGUUUGCGGUUUAAGUUACUUCUUACUGUACUUAAAUGUAAGUAAUAUGGAUGGAAAUCCAUUUCUGAACUAUUUGUAUCAAGGAUUCGCAGAACUUCCAGCUUAUCCAGUUGGAAAAUUUGCAACAAACUAUAUCGGAAGAAGAUGGACUGCAUGCAUGGCAUUUUUAUUAGCAUUGUGCACGACUCUACCACUAAUCUACACAUCAACAGAUCCAUCAAUGCACAUAUUUACAAGCAUAUUUGCAGCAAUCAUCAAAUUUUGUGUCAGCGUUUCCUUCUACGUUCUAAUGGUUCAAGGAGUAGAAGUAUAUCCUACAUGUCUGAGACAAACAGGAGUAGCACUUGGUGUAAUUUUGGGAAACGCAUCCAGUAUUUUGGGUCCUUAUAUUUCAUAUUUGGGUACCACAUAUGAUGUACGAUAUCCGUAUUUGUUUAUAUCACUUAUGAUGUUCUCGGGGUUAGUGGCGGAGCUACUAUUGCCUGAGACCUUACACCAAAAGUUACCAGAUACAUUGGCGGAAGCACAAAUUUUUGGAAAGUCGCAGAAAUUUUGGACGUUUCCAAGAAAAAAUACAUAUAAGUCUGAAGAAGAAAAAACUCCACAGAAGAGCUGA